CCUAGAUGUUUAAGGAGUUCUUCUCGCUACAUGACAGAAACCAUCCUUCAAGUCUUUGCUUGACAAGAAACAAAUGCUAACUCUAAUCAUUACAGUGGACCGACCCAACGGCGAAGGGGAAGCGUAUGGCUGUUAGACCCCAGACGCCGCCAGGCCAUUUCUGGCUCGGCUUCGAAUUCGUUAGUAAAGCAUACCGAUACCAUGAUUUCGACAUCAUGAAGUCAGACUUCGAUAGUACCUGUCGAACUCUACGCGCGAAUUACUUGGUUAGCGUGAAUGCUGGCAAAGAUUCAGGACCUGCUUCGAGCCGUUGUGGCACCCAUAUCCAUUGGGGCCUUAGUGGCGCAGAAUACGAUCUGAUAACUGUCAAGAGGAUCCUCACCCUGAUGUGGGUUGUAGAGGAGAAUCUGAUGGGACUACACGCGUCCUGGCGACAGCUUGCCAAUAAGUAUGCCGCUCUACUACAGACAGGGACGAACAUGGCAACGGAUAAUGCUCCAAAGCUCCCGAGUUGGAUCGAGGACCUUGGAAAGGGGAUUUGGGUCUAUGAGAUGGAGCAGAACGUCCCACCAAGUGUUCGAGAAUCCCUCCACCGGGACAAGCCAAAGGUUCAGUGGCUAUGGCGUGCUGAGACCGUAGAAGACCUUGCGAUGUUAGUCGGCGAACCGAAUAAGUCCCGUCGAGCGUCAAUUGGUCUCAUGGAACUGCUACCAGCAACCUCGAACUUCCCGGGGAAAGUUCGCCGGAGCCAGCUAAACACGAUAGAGUUCCGACACAUGCAGGGCUCACUUCAUCCGACCUUGGUCGCCGCUUGGAUCGAAGUCACUGCUGCUAUCAUGCAACCAUGCGUCGACUUGUCGCCAAAUCAAUUUAGAGACUUGUUGAAUGAUGUUGCAAUCUAUCUUUCUAGCGAAAACUCGACCGUCCAGGGAUUGCUCAACAAGCUCGGGGUUUCACGGGAAGCUUGUGGCCUGUUUGAAGAGUACGACCAGCGGCGCCUGGAUGAAGAAGCCGACCCUGAGAUAUCGAUGUUCUUGGCGGAGCUAUAAUAUUCCCAUGUAGCUUUCAGCUGUACGAUAAUCUAGUAGUAUGGCAAGAUACUGGGACUUCAUAUUAGGAGAUGAGUUGGAUAGGUUGACACGAGGUUACGACGUGCAGAUUGUUCCCCUACGGUAAAUAUAUCUAUGGCCUGCGAUACCAACACACCAUGAUACACCCCGGGUGAAAUAGAACUGUUCCUCGUGUAAUCGUGCCCAUCUAGGAAGUAUUUGGUAGGAUAUCGCUUCGACUGGGUAGACAGCAUGACCGUCAUAAUGAAGUGGUUACAACUAAAGUCGGCUGUAGUCCAAUGAUACCUAAAUCGACCGAUCGGUCUAGAAACACCAAUUUGACUC